AUGGCGCCGGUUUUCAGAACUUGUUGUGGUUUUCUACAAAUACAAACGGCCUACAGAGUUUCUAAUCCUCGAUUAUGCCUACAAUCAGGUUUGAAUGCAGGAUCUAGAUACUCGUACCGAUGGUCUACCUUACAGGUAAGGGAAGUUAUGCGUGCCUUGCAAAUAGUUACGAAAAGUAACAAUAUUUGAAAUGAUUUGCGCCCGGUUUGAAACAUGCUAGAUUAUUAUAACUCCACGAAGACAGUUUUCCAUCCCCUGCGUUUGUUGAUUGAAAUAUGGAGUCAACAAAAGACUUAAACAUAGCGAUGAACUGUAGCGAAAAGUUUUUCCCUUACCCUCGACUAGCCUUGACCCUUUUCUUGUACUAGUGAGCUUCUUCGUCUUUUGAUGAAAAGGUGAUAGAGCUGGGAUUCAGGGCUACUGAAUAACUCAUCAUCAUCAUCAGUUCCAUUAAAUAAAACUUUUUAGGCACUCUAAAUAUAUGUUUCAAUUGAUAUCAUGGAGUUAAGUUAUGACUCGAUCAGGUUGUCUGAUCAUCAGAACUAGAAGAAAAGGAAUGCUGUCUGUAACAGUGACUGACAUUUCAAAAACCUGAGCGGAAGUGAUCCUUGAGUUACACUGUUAUCCCCAGUGUGAUAAAAGAAAUGAUCAGCAUAGGCAAAUUCCUAAUUUCUGUAGAAAUCUGCCAAUGGAGAACAUACCUCUCAUAUAUGCAUAAGUGUUAUCAUUUUCCUUUUUUUAAUACAUUCUACACAAUUUUUCCUCAGACAAUUGGGUGAUCUGUUUCAAUAGAAGAUCUUGGACUCCUUUAUAGAUUAUACCCAGGCAUUUUGAGCCAUGAAUUUGAAUUUAAAAAAAUAAAUAAAUAAACUAACAGUUUGCAUUUGAAUUCAAGGGCUCUUGUGGACACCAUUUAAGACCAAAGCCAGCUGCAACAAAAAUAUUACCUUCGCUGAGCAGUAGAUUUACUUCUUUUAAGGUAAAGUCACUGUAAUAUAUUGUUGUACUUGCAAAGUACAUUUAAAUGCAGCAAACCUAUCUUUGUAAGUAAAUUGGCCUCCAUUAAGAGUUUCUAAAGCUGAGGUUUCAAGCAUUAGCCCUUUGUCAGCUUUGGUCAAGGGCUGAUAUUUAAAAUGUUAGGUUUAGAAAGUUGUAAUGGUGGCAGAUUUACAAUAUUAUCUCAGUAAGUAAAACCAAAUUGUCUUGUAAUAUCCCCUACCUACUCAGCACCAAAGUUUCUUUAGAAACUUACCCCUUUUAUCUACUUUUGGAAGCUUGGCAUUCCUGCUGCAGGUUUUUCAAGGGUUCAAAUACAGCUUGGAGUAUUUAUGAGCUUUGCUUCUCACCUUUGGAUAGGAUUUUAACCUACUGUAAAUUACCCCCAGCAUUUUGUCUAAUUUUCCUGUGAGUUUGCUGAUACCCACUUGUGCUCCUAAGUGGAUAAAGGUACUUUGCUAUGCCUUUCAUCCAAAAAUUUGCAAGAGUUUAGGUCCCAGUUGUUCAAAGUUUGGAUAAUGCUAUCCACUGGUUACAACUCUGGUGGAUAGCACAGUACUUCUUGUAGAUGCUUAUCCACUGGAUAAUAAAUUGUUGGUUGGAUAACAUUAUUCUCCCUUUAAAAUAUGAGUGUCUAGUAAUGACUAUAGGGCCACAUUCCCAUCAGAGAGGAAAGUGGGUGACAACAUUACUCCCAAGUGCUCUGCCAAGGCUCUGCCAAGGCUCUAACAAUGUUUGUGAUCAGUAGUGCAUGUUUUGUAAUCUUUUUAAUACACUGAGCUUCACAUGAUUAACUCAUUUAAACUGGCUUCAUUUUACAAACAACAUUCAAAUUGGAUCCAUUCUUAUGAAGAUUUCUAUGUUGCAUCAACAGCCAGGACUCCUCUUUGUGAGUAAGCGACAGCAACAUGGAGGUGCCAAUAUCACAGGAAAAAGCCUGAAAAGUGUGUCAUCCACAGAUGGUUUGUCAAUAAUUAAGAGAAUGUUAAAACACGUUUGGCCCAAAGACAGGCCUGAUCUGAAGAGAAGAGUGGUUGCUGCUGUAGUUCUGCUUAUUGGAGCCAAGGUUUGUUCACCUACAAACAUGAGUGAAUUCUUACCAUGAGAUUUUACUAAUAUUAUACUUUAAGGCUUAGUUUUAAAGGCAAUCUAAUACACAAACUUCAGUCUUUUGACUGCCAAGAUUAGUAGCAUCUGAUUUCUCAAACUGAUUUUACUAAAGAAGCUAUUGAUUGUUAAACAAAUUAUCCUUUUCAGUACCUUAGGAAAUGCUUAAAAGGACAGUGUAGAGAAUAUGCAUGCUGAUGUUGGGAAUAAAGGAUUAAGGCAUGUAAAAUCAGCUAUUGCACCCAGGAAAAAAAAGCUUAAGUGUGAUAGUUGGCAUAACACUUGCCUUGAGGGCAUUGUUAGUUUUGAUGGAAAAAUGAAAAGAAAGACACCUUAAUUACAAAAGCACUUGAAGUAAGGUUAGCUCCAAAAGGAACACUUUACGAAACUCCUCAUAUGUCCAGCUUUUUCAAUCCUAAGUCUUUUUCAAGAACCAGCCUUCUCUCCCCCAAUAUGGCCCUUUAUCACUUAUUUAUCUGUAGAUACUUAUGCAGUGACUAACUAUGUGAUAGUUCAUCAUGGUUAGUUAUAUGAUAAGCUUAAUUAUACAUGCAUUUUUAAUAAUUCUUAUUUGCAAUCUAUUGGAGAACAGGUGCAUAGCCAACAUCACCAUUAACAGCAUUUUGCUUUUUAUCAAAAUAAAACAAACAUAUUCCAUGUUGCCAUGGAUUUGUAUAGUAACAAAUCACAAAAAAGUCGCACUGUGGUAAAGAACAUCCCUCAGCUGCGACUUAUUUGUCACUUUUUUGUUCUUACCAUAUUUCAACAUCAUCUGCAAUCUGUUACAGAUGUACAGCAACAGGGAAAGUAAUUGUUUGCUUGUAUACAAGCAACACAUAAAGCAGUUAAUAUUAAAUAAUAAUGUUGCUAGUCAGAUGGCCAUUGUCAGGUGUGAUGACUAUCAGAUUUACAUUAUUUCAACUUAUCAAAUGUCACUGUUAGGACACUUGUGAUUUACCAUCAAAUCUUUUUCCUUCAGCUGACAAAUGUCCAAGUACCAUUCUUGUUUAAGUACGCUGUAGAUUACUUGAACAACAUGGACUCAGCAUCCUUGGUUCAAACAGCAGGUGGAACUGUCUUCACAGCAUUGACAGCACUACUAUUGGGAUGUGAGUAGUGUUCCUUUGGUUGGAUUGUGGAAACUAGCUUUUAGGAGAAUCAUCUGUAUACAUUUUUGCUAAGAAGGCUUUAGUAUGAAUGUCAAACAUACAAAAUAUCUCCACAUGCCUGAUCACUUCACCUCAAUCACAUUGAAUUUAUAAUCUCUUUUGUUAUUCUCCCUGCCAACAGUUAUACCUUCCCUUGCAAAUUACAAAGGAGACUUUUUUGUUUCAUAUAAGGAUAACACCUCUUUAACAGAUAAGGUUGAUGAGAUUGUCCAUUGAUUUGUUGAACUUGUCAACUUUCCUGUUAUUUCCUUCAUGUUCAGAUGGAGCAGCCCGCACAAGUACAUCUCUCUUUAAUGAAUUAAGGAAUGCUGUCUUUGCAAAGGUUGCCCAAGGAUCCAUCCGUGUUGUUGCAAAGAGGACAUUUCUUCAUCUCCAUAACCUGGACUUAACCUUUCAUCUAACAAGAAAGACAGGUGCUUUGUCCAGAGCCAUCGACAGAGGAACAAGGUAUGGUUUUAUUGUUUUAUUAAACCCCAUGAUAUACUUCCUCAAACUAAAUAUCAAUCCAAGUUAAUCAUAAAUUUUUUUUUCAUGGAAUUUUUUCAGAGGUAUCAAUUUCAUUUUAAGUGCUUUGGUGUUUAACAUCUUCCCAACAAUAUUUGAGGUGUCACUUGUGGCUGGAAUCUUGGUGAGUUGGUGAAAAUAAGUUUUUGUUUCAUUUUAGUAGCUUGUUUGUCAUGCAAUAAGGUUUUGUUCAAUAACAAAUCUUUUGCUUUGCAGACAUACCGAUGCGGUAAAGAAUUUGGACUAGUGACACUGGCUUGUCUAGCAACAUAUGUAGCAUUCACACUGUCUGUCACACAAUGGAGGUACAUAGUUCUCUCUAUUACAGAACAGUAAAUGUAUUUAUUGCAUCCAUUUUGAAAUUGCUAGUGGGCCAAGCCAGAUAAUGCCUCUCAACAUAAUGAUUAAUUCCUUUACUAGAAAAUUUAUUUGCUUUAAAUCGAACCUUUUGUCACUCACUGAGAUUGUAUUACUGAAACAAUGCAACCAACCUGAUUGGCUUUCAGCAAAAGAAUUUAUUCAAAGAACAUACAUAUAGUCACAUCUCUUUCCUCCAAGAAACCAUCUACCAGAAUCUGGUGUGUUUUGGUGGGUACCAAUAUUUGAUUGGUCUGAGACCAUUGAAAUAUUGGUACCCACCAAAAUCUUGCAAAUUGUGCUGUAAAUAGAUGUAAUUUAGUGAAAUCAUACUAUCUCUUGUGAUUUUUAACUAAUCUCCUGCUGCAGCUUGUUUAAUUUUGUUGCUUCCAUAAAUCUGUUGCUUCCAUAAAUUAUUUUAGAACCAAGUUUCGAGUGCAAAUGAAUAAAGCAGAUAACCAAGCUGGCUCUCAAGCCAUUGACUCACUUAUCAACUAUGAGACAGUUAAGGUAUGUAUGGCCUAUUAUAUGGAAUGCUUAGCUCGCAGAAGGGAAUCCUGUCACAAUUAUGCAAUAGUAUUUCAACCCUUUGAUCUCUUAGAGUGAAGAGCAUCCAAUUUCUCCUUACAAUAUCACCCCUUAAGGUCACGAGGAAAGGAAGUGAUCACCAACUAAAGAAGCUCUUGAUAGUUAAACAAAUUCUCCUUGUCAGCGCCUUACAAAAUGUGUGUAGAACAGUAUGGAGAAUAUGCAUACUGAUGAUAGGGUGUAAAGGGUUAAAAUGCCAGAGGUUCAAGGAGAGUGAAUGAUCAAAAGCAGUCGUUAAGAAGGAUAUUAGAAGUCAUAAGCCUCUAUAAAUCUCAAAAUUAUUGAAAUGAUGGUUUUGUUUUAUCUAUGACAGAACAUCUUCAAAUUUCCUUUAACCCUUUAACUCCCAGAAGUGAUUAACAUAAAACUUCUUACAAUAUCCAUACAUUCUUCAGCAAACAGGUAAUGAGAAUAUUCAAACUUAUCAAGUAGAAUCUGCUAUCUUGAUCUAGCACCAAAUUCUCAUAACUAAUGUACAAGGAAAUGUGUAGCAGCUACAGGGGAGAAUUAACAAUCAGAUCUUGGGAGUUAAAGGGUUAAAACAGUGUUGUGUUUCAAAAUGUCUUCAAAGAAGCCAGUCAGGAACCCCUUGUUUGACCUCCUGUACGUCUUCGUUUAUUUUUUUCUCUUCCGUUUCCUUUCAGUAUUUUAACAAUGAAAACUAUGAAGCCAAGAGGUAUGACGAACUCCUGGCAGAUUACGAGAAAGCAUCCCUCAAAACCACAACAAGUUUAGCUUUGCUCAGCUGGGGUCAGAAUUUUAUUUUCAGCGCUUCUUUGAGCGCAAUUAUGAUACUGGCCAGCAGGCAAAUUAUGCAAGGUACGUUUGAGUUAAAUUUACGUGAAGUUUUGAAGCCUUAAUGCCAUUUAUCGUCAUUACUAUUCGUCCAAUUUGCCACGCCCACUGUUUUAAACUACCAUUCGUAGGUGAUGUCAACACAUGUGAGCUGUGGAAAUAAUUCUAUUUCAAAGGGGAAGGGUUGGCUCUUGAGCACUCUGAAUAUAGCCGGGAAAACUUUACCCAGCCGCUUUAAGUCCACUCUUCCCCCUCUAAACGUUAACAAUUUGGACCGCGAGGAAACUACAGGGCUGCGCAAAAGUGUUGCGCCUGCACAGGCAACAGUAUAUACGUAGGACUACAGGCCCAGUCUCAAUCGUUCAUCCUGGUUAGCGUAAAACUUGCAAGCGAGUGAGUUGACAUUUUCUUUUCUUCUCCGGUCAGGAACCAUGUCUGUAGGUGAUCUAGUGAUGGUGAAUGGUCUGCUAUUUCAGCUCUCUGUACCUCUUAACUUCCUCGGUUCUGUGUAUCGUGAUAUCAGGCAGUCUCUUGUGGACAUGCAAACAUUGUUUGAUCUUCACAAGGUCUCCUCGGCUAUCAAGGUAAAGAAAAUUAAAACUUGUUUGUUAUCCUUUGUGUAGGCUUCAGUGACGGUUAAAGACGGGCAUGUUUUUAAGGAAAGGCAACGUUUUGGGAACUGGUGGUCGGAGUGUUUUGUUUUUUAGUGUUUGCAGGGUUGAUUUUCCCACCGCCGCUGCGGGCACAAAGUUGCGCGGGAAACUGCUGACGAAUAAUGAGCCUUUCCGCGUUAAAAACAAAACAACAAAAAGACAAAAUCAACAUAUUUCUUAUUACUUUUUUCUGUAGGUCAAACCUGGUGCUUUUCCACUCGUUCUUAGAACUGGUGAUGAAAAAUCACAUGUUAUCUUUGACAAUGUGGUAUUCGGCUAUCUGCCAAACCAGAAUAUCCUUAACGGACUGACGUUCACAGUGCCAGCUGGAAAGAAGAUUGCUAUCGUAGGAGGCAGCGGCUCAGGGUAAUUUUAUGGAAUAAAAAAACUUUUGAAUCUAAGGAACCACAAAACACAGAAUUAAAGCCACUUUUUACCAGAUCUCCCUUCAUAGAGAUGCUCGUAGGGAAAGUGACGUAUGCGGGACGCGCGUUUCUCUACCCGCGGGAAGAUUUGAGACGAAUCGAGGAAAGGUAUGCUGGGAGUCUGGCACUAGACCACUUACAGACCUCUCGCCUGAUUGCUUAGCACAAAGCCUCUUAGUUUCCCGCGGGCGAAGAAACAUUCAUACAGAAGCGCUCGUAAUGAGGGCCUACUCGCACUUGCAAAUAAACCGAUUGAAUUGUAAGUGUAGAAAUAGUUAAAUGGCACUCAGACAAAAGCUUUUACAGUGUUGUUCCUUCAUUUAUUUAUCUUUUGUAUUCUAUUUACCAGGAAAUCCACCAUUGUUCGUUUGCUGUAUCGAUUCUAUGACCCCACAGAUGGUCGUAUCCUUGUGGCUGGCCAUGAUAUUCGAGAUCUCACGAUUGAUUCAUUGCGACAAGCUAUAGGAGUUGUACCACAAGUAUGGCUGCACUUUGUUAGACACGCUGCGGUUCAUCUCAUUUACUUACAGAAACUUAGAAUCACUAGCUUUAAGUCGUAUAACUUUCACCUGCACAAUAAAUUUUUUUCAAGGUUAAAUGUCGGAUUUAAAUCGCAUUUUUCUGAAUUUUUCUUUAAUAUAAAAUGUAGUUUGACCUCGCACAAUUGCUCGCAUCCCAACCAUUAAGUUUAUUGUCGUUGUCACCUAUCAAAAGUUGAAUAGCACUUUUCAUCAUUUUGGCAAAUGGAAUUGUUCAUGGAUUACUAGUCCUUAACCGGCCUUCAUUUCCUUCAGCGCCUUCAGUUUCUGCCAUCUGAUUUGUAAUUCACUUAUCUGGCUGCUAUAUAUUUGUUUUUUCUGAAUCAGUAAGGAAAAUUUGGUGUUAGAUUAAGGUUCAUCCCGAGGACCGGGUAUGUACCUUGUUGACGAUGACCGAUCCCCCCUUGAACCCCCCGCUCUCCCCUCCAGGCGAUCAAUAAUUAUUGGGUCCUAGUCUUAUGACAUUGUAAAAAGAAGUUACAUGUUUAUGUUUUCUGGUUGUUAAAGAUUGACAUUUAACAAGGAGGUAAGUUUAUAAAGAAAUAGUGGUGCUGCGUCGGAGAGAGAGUAUAACAAAGUAAUUUGGUAUUGUGAACUGAAUUGAUAACAUAAAUUGGCACCGUAAAGAGUUUCAAAGUUAACGUUUCGAGCGUUAGCCCUUCGUCAUUCGUCAGCUUUGAAAUUCUUUCCGGUGGCCAAUUUACGUUAUCAACUCAGUUGAUAAUACUAAAUUACAAAGACUGACAUUGACUUCUUCCUCAUCAGGACACAGUUCUGUUUCACAAUGACGUCUUCUACAACAUAAACUACGGGCGCAUUGAAGCUACACAAGAUGAAGUUUAUGAGGCAGCUAAGAUGGCGGAGAUUCACGAUGCAGUACAACGCAUGCCUAAGGGAUAUCAAACUCAGGUCGGAGAGCGUGGUUUAAAACUUUCCGGCGGUGAAAAACAAAGAAUAGCUAUUGCAAGGGCUAUAUUGAAAAACCCACCCAUACUAAUGUACGAUGAGGCCACUUCCUCGCUGGAUUCUAUCACGGAAAUGGUAAGAUUUCAUCAGAAGUUUACCUUCCAUAGCGCCAGGGAGUAGUAGAUAAGCACUCUUCACCCUUACACCCUAACAUCAGUAAGCAUUAAUUCUUAUCAGUAAGCGUAUUCUCCCUACUUUUCAUCAUAUAUUUCCCAUGGUAUUCAUGAAGAGAAUUCUUCUUUUGUGUGUGAUCUUUUUUUUUUUUUUCAUAACCUGUUCCAGACGUGUACUUAGUAAGACGAAGCGCGAUAGUCAGCUGCGCUUUUAGUUGCGGAGGACUGGAAAAAAUGAGAGAGGUUUGGGUCGGGUCGGGUAAAGAACGCCUGUAACUUUUCAUAACCUGUUCCAGACGUUUACUUAGUAAGACGAAGCGCGAUAGUUAACUGCGCUUCUAGUUGCGGAGGACUGGAAAAAAUGAGAAAGGUUUGGGUCGGGUCGGGUAAAGAACGCCUGUAACUUUUCGUGACCUCAAUGUUUGACUCAGCACCGAUGGUGCCAGGAAAAAUUAGAUGCAUGUCACUGUCAAGUGUUAUAAGGUUCAUGAAGAGGCCGGAUGAUGCAUCCCGAACUCUGAUUAUCUUUUAUGAUUGAGAUGUGUCUUAGAGCGGAUUCCCCAUUCUCACCCCAGAUGGGAUUUUAUCGGCCCAUUGCAUAAUUAUCAACCUUAGCAAUUUUUCAAGCUGGCAGUAGUUGCCAACUGGUGUUUCACUUUAACUGUUGUGGGAUUGAGGAAAUGGAAGCAUGGUAAUUACUGAACACAGAGUUAACUGCCACGGUCUUUUAGUUUUUAUUUGCAACAAGCCCAGCAUUAGCACUAAGUAGAUUCUGGAAAACUUGUCUCCGAGUGAAGAAGGCAGACUGUCUAGAGUUAAAAGCGUAGAGUGCAUUUAGCUAGCAAGCACUAACACUUUGUCAACAAUAAAUAUUUCAGAAUAUUCUGGACAGUCUUAAACGUGUUACAAAAGACCGUACCUCUAUCUUCAUUGCUCAUCGGCUGUCCACAGUGGUGGACGCAGACGAAAUUCUUGUUUUGGAAGAGGGCCGUGUGCGUGAGAGAGGUUCUCAUUAUUCACUCAUCACAGACUCAAACAGUUUAUACGCUCAUUUGUGGCACAAGCAGCACGAGGCACAUAGAGUCGACAUUCACAGAACUCAAGUCGAUGAUACGUCAGCUGCUGGGAUGUAA